CACGAAAUCACUGAAUCACAGAACAAUAAUAACUGAAAAUGCUGAAGCAAAUCAAUGGCCUGAGUUUGGGUAGGCGCAAUCUCUGGUUGCUUUGCGGUGGCCUCCGUGCCAAGGAUUGCGACAAGGGCGGCAAGGGAAAGGAGAAUGCCAAGUUCCGCAUGGAGAAGGACACCUUUGGGGAGCUGAGGGUGCCGGCGGACAAGCUGUACGGAGCGCAGACGAUGCGCUCCAAGCUGAAUUUUCCCAUUGGCGACAUUGGCGAACGCAUGCCGAUGCCGGUGAUCCAGGCGAUGGGCAUACUGAAGAAGGCCUGUGCCGAGGUGAACAAGGAUUACGGCCUGGAUGGCAAGGUGUCGGAUGCGGUGUCCUGCGCCUGUGACGAUGUCAUUUCCGGCAAGCUAUACAAGCAGGGUCACUUCCCCUUGGUCAUCUGGCAAACUGGCUCGGGCACCCAGACCAAUAUGAACACCAACGAGGUGAUCAGCAAUGCGGCCAUUAAGAUGAUGGGUGGCGAGCUGGGCAGCAAGAAGCCCGUACAUCCCAACGAUCAUGUGAACAAGUCGCAGAGCUCCAACGACACCUUCCCCACCGCCAUCCACAUCUCAGUGGGCAUGGAGCUGAACGAGCGGCUGGUGCCGGCGGUGACCCACUUGAGGGAUGCCCUCAAGUCCAAGUCGGAUGAGUUCAAGGACAUCAUCAAGAUUGGCCGCACCCAUUUGAUGGACGCAGUGCCGCUGACUUUGGGCCAGGAGUUCAGCGGCUACACCCAGCAGCUGACCAACGGUCUGGACAGGAUCAAGGGCUGUCUGCCGCGGGUGUAUGAGCUGGCACUGGGCGGCACUGCCGUGGGAACGGGUCUGAACACACGCAAGGGAUUCGCCGAGAAGGUGGCCAAGCGGAUAUCCGAGCUCACAUGUCUGCCCUUCGUGACGGCGCCCAACAAGUUCGAGGCACUGGCUGCCCGCGAUGCCAUGGUGGAGGUGCAUGGUGUCCUCAACACGAUCGCCGUCAGCCUGAUGAAGAUCGCCAACGAUAUCCGACUGCUGGGAUCGGGUCCGCGCUGUGGCUUGGGUGAACUAAUGCUGCCGGAGAACGAGCCCGGUAGCUCCAUCAUGCCCGGCAAGGUGAAUCCCACGCAGUGCGAAUCGAUUACCAUGCUGUGCGCCCAGGUGAUGGGCAACCAGGUGGCCGUGACCAUCGGUGGCUCCAACGGGCACUUCGAGCUGAACGUGUUCAAGCCCCUGGUCGUGUCCAAUGUGCUGCGCUCCAUUCGAUUGUUGGCUGAUGGCAGCAUGACCUUCAGCAAGAACUGCGUGGAGGGACUGCAGGCCAAUAAGGAGCGGAUCGACAAGAUCAUGAACGAGUCGCUGAUGCUGGUGACCGCCCUGAAUCCCCACAUCGGCUACGACAAGGCCGCUCUGAUCGCCAAGACGGCGCACAAGAAUAAGACCACGCUGAAGGAGGAGGCGCUGAAGACGGGCAUUACCGAGGAGCAGUUUAAGGAGUGGGUCAAUCCCAAGGAGAUGCUGGGACCGAAGUGAUUCGUUUUGCGGUUUAUGACGAUUGGUUUGUUUGAUGUAAUAAAUUGACGUGUGUCCUGUA